CCACAGCAGCAGCAGCAACAUCAGCAACAGCAACACAACAACAACUAAUAUAAGCCAAAGCUUAAGGAGGAAACAUAAACAACUAAUAUAACCAUAAUUGAAACGCGACCAGGAACCACACCAAUACCCAAUGCAAUUGCAACACCAACAAAUAGAUCAAUAACGUAAUAAAUACCAUUAAUAAUUAACACAGAAAACACCAACAGCGGAUACACCAAGAAAGUUAAUUCCUAUUAACAUUAAGAAACCCCAACAAAACAAACUCCAACAUCAGGAAAUACUGACUGCAAAAACAUAGUUGAAUCCUACAAAUCAACACACCAAGAAAUACAACAACAAUAGUACGCCUAAAACUGAUUGGAGAAUCUAUACAACAAUUAACAACGAUUACACCAACGCUCUACGCUCUGUGGAAUCAAGUGGCAACCACAACAACACCACUCGUCCAACAACAUGCAAUAAAACAGCUGAUAGCAAAUAGAAACGCUAGCAGCAGCAGCAGCAGCAACAACAAAGCCCUGGCAUUAUCAAGCGAGCAACAACAGGUCGCGCGAAAAAAGCAAAAAGUCAGAAGAAAAAAAAAGACAACGAAAAAGCCCGCCUGCUGCAGCACUCACACAUUGACAGGCGGAAAAGAGACAGCGGGUGUAAGAGAGAGAGAGAGGCGAGUCGCACACCUUUGCGUUGAUUUUGGACGACCAAACGUACAUACGAGCAAGCGAGCGAGCGAGCCCCCACUCUACCUCUCUCUCACACAAAGUGCAGCUGAGCUGGCGCUGCCGUCGCACUUGCCGCUGCCACAACACAGCGCUGAACGUUGCGAACGCUCAACGCUCAACGCUCGCCGCUGCUGCCGCCAGUCGAAAGUCAAAAGCAACGUGUUGUGGACGCUUUUUUCGUCGCGUUGCCGUUGCGUUGCGUUGCGUUCGCCUUUCAGCCUGCUGCGGCCUCCCCCCAUCUUUCUCUCUCUAUCUAUCUAUCUAUCCACCUGCCCAUCUCUGUCGCACCCACCCACCGCUGCAGAAGCCACCCCGCCAACUCCCCGCUGGGCGAAACUUUCACCAUUAUGUCCAGCAGCGCAGCCGCAGCGCAGUUCAAGCUUGACGCCAACUCCAAUGCCAUUGCAUUGAUCGCCGAUGUUGCUUCUGCUGCGGCGCAGUCGCUGCCGCUGCCAUUGACGCUGCCACUAUCGCUACCUCUGCCGCUGCCACUGCCGCCAUCGCCCACGCUGCCAUCGACGGCAACAGCGACGCCAGCUGACCGCAUCGAAUGGUCACGCUCCACAAUCCUGAACUUCAUCGAGGACUACCGGCGCCAGCGAGUCCUUUGGGACCCCAACACCAAGGGCUAUCACAUCAAGCAGACCAAAUACGAGGCCCUCAAGCUGCUGAGCGGCAAAUAUGGCACAGAGAUCCGCUCGAUACGCUCCAAAAUCAAAUCGCUGCGCAGCUCCUUCCAUCGAGAGCAUGGCAAGGUGCUCAGCGGACGCAGCCGGGGCGUCCACUAUCAGCCCAUGUGGUUUGCCUACGAAGCUAUACGCUUCAUUCUGGACGGCGAACGGGAUCACGAUCAGGAACCAGAACCGGAGCAGGCUUCGGAACGGGAACGGGAACGGGAUCAGGACCGGGACCGGGACCGGGAACUCGAUCUGGAUCGCGAGGCGGAAGCGGAGGCCGAUGAGAAGCUAGCCCUGAUGCAUAGCCUAGACCUGGAGCAGCUCAAGGCGGACAAGCAGCAGCAGCAGCAGCAGCAGCAGGUGGAGCGGGACCGUGAGCUGCAUGCCGAGGAGCUAAAAGUCCGCAUUGCUGCCACCGUAGCUGCCGUCGCUGCUGCUGCAGCGGCUGCCAAUGCCAGGGAUCGGGAGCGGGACAGGGAAAGGGAUGAGGAUAGCGUGGCCGGUGAUGCCAUGGAUACCGCUGCUGGUGAUCUCGAUCUCGAGGAGGCAGCCGGGGCAAUUGAAUCCUCCUCAGCGGCUGUGACACGUUCCUCUUCCGAUUUGGAUGGCGAGAAUUAUUGCAAUAUCAGUGCCGAAGAUGUGAAAACCGAAAUUAUCGAGCACGAAUCGGAGCUGGGAAUGUUGGAUCGCCGGACGAGUACACCGUCUCCAAUAAAUUAUUACAAACCCACGGACCUCACCUACAACCACCGCAAGCGGAAGGCAAUGGACGAGUGCAGUGGCGUGGUCUUGGGGGGUGUGUUGGGCGUGGAGCAUGUUGUGGGUGCCCUGACACUGACGCCGAUCAAGGCAACGGGUGGCGAACGGACAGGAGGCGGAAACCCCACCCACCAGCAGCAGCAGCAGCAGCAGCAGCAUCAGAUGAACCACAACCAGCUCGCGUUUCAGGCACUGCAGCAGCACUUUAGUCACAGUCACAGCCUCAGCUUAAGCCAAUGCAACGGGCAACCACAGCAGCAGCAGCAGCAGCAGCAGCAGCAACAAUCGCUGCAUCUGCAGCAGCAACAACACCAGCAACAACAUUCCAGUAACAUGGCACAGAAACGUGAUCGUGAUCGUGACCGUGAUCUCCUCCAACCGGCGCAAUCGAAUGGCCACAAUUCCAGCACCUCACUGGAUCCAGCUGCCACAUCCAGCACUUGCAGCUCCAGCAGCAAUGCCACGCCCCCCAAACCCAUCAACGGACUGAGCUCCAAUCAUGUGGAUGAGUAUGGCGUAUUUGGGGAAUAUGUGGCCAUCACAAUACGCAAACUAAAGACAUCCAAGUCAAAGAUUGUGGUGAAACAUUUGAUCAAUAAUCUACUCUAUGAGGCCGAGUUGGGGAAAUACGAUCAAGGGAUGCCGGCCAGCAAGGAGCCACCGCAGCUCUACAAGAUGCAAUAAAAGCUGGCAAGUACCAGCAAAAAAUAAGGGGGGAAAAUUAAGAAAAACUAAGGAAAACUAAGGAAAAACUACAUAGAGGGACAGACAACGCACUAGUCAGCAAAGCAACAAUGGGUUAAAACCAGAGCCAACAAUUCUAAAUAAACCAAGGGGGAAAAGUAUCGGAGUAUCGAAGGAGCUUAAAGGGUUGGGGACAUGAGCAUUUCAUUCAGGGACAAAGACCAUAUAAGUACUUUAUCUAUAUAUAUAUAUAUAUAUUAUACAUUUAUAAACGAUUUCAGUGAUUAAAUAUCACUCGAAGUCAGUCAGUCAAAGUUAAAAAUAUAUAAAAAACAAAUGAGUGCAGUUGAAACAAACAUACCAUUAAAUAAAUUGAAUUAAUUUUAAAUGCUUUACGUUAAGUGUGCACACUUUCUGCCACACAAUCAUAUAUAAAUAAUACAUAUAUUUUUUACUACCGACUAUCGUUUUUAUACUUUUCAAACAGCGUUAUAUACCUUUUUGAUUUUCGUUUUAUUAUAUACUUUAUAUGUACAUACAUAUAUAUCUAUAUAUUUACAUUUGGCAAUAACACUUUGAACUCAGGUGCCUUUAUUUUUUAGUCAAUUAAGCCUUGUUAUCUUUAUGCAUAAAAGCGAAACAGUAAACAGCAGCAACAAUGUAAAUUUAAUUAACUUUUUAUCGCAUAUGCAAAUCCAUAUGUAUAAACUUAAUUCUGUAAAUAUAAAAAGAGAGAGAGAGGAUAAUGAAACGUGAAAUGUGCAAAUCUUAAUUUUUUUGUUAAAGCAUUAACUAAUUUGAAAUGAGCAGCAACGAAGGCUCCAAAUAAAAAUGCAAAAAUGUUGAA